AUGCGGAGAGAACGCAAAAAGCGAUCGACCGAAUCGGGCCUUUCGGGGCCGCCAAACCGCAUUGGGCGGAGUCCAUCAACCGCUCCGGGUUCUUCUCUCAUCGCAUACUCCGGAGUACUUCCUCUUCUACUCUUACUUCGGACUACCUGUCUCCCUCUUUCCCUUCUUAUCGCGUCCCCCUCCCCCUUCCCCUUCUCCCAUUCCCCUCGCGUGGUUUUGCGCGCAGAGCUUGCUGAGCGCCGCUUCUCGACCAUGAAUAACAAUCGAGAGGAGCGGCGGCAAAUGCGGCAGCGCGGAGCAGCCACCCGCAAGAUCAAGGAAGUCGACUUUGAUUUCUCCUUUGGUCUGGCUCCGCCGCCCGAGGAACCCUCCGAACCCGCGUCGCAAUCCGAGCUGGCGAACGGACCCCCCGGCCCCUCUGCCCCCUCAGAACCAGAGAGCUCCCAACCUCCUCUGGAAUCGGCGAAACAGAACACCCCUCCGCCUCUCAGUCGGAGUUCUUCGCAGCGGACACCGCGGUUCGAUGUCCUCGCGGAUGAGGCGCCGGAUCUGGGACGUAGUAGCAAACGACGGAAGAUUGAUUCUCCACCCACGAAUCGAAGGAUAUCCCCGCGUCGUUCCUCGCCCCUUCAGAAUGGCACCCAGACCACCCCGCCAGUCCAACCCCCUAACGAACCAAUUGAAGUCCCCACGGCCACGAAUGCAACGGAAUAUGAAAUUCAAACGACUGAGACAGUUGCUACAUCCCCUAUCGCCAAUAACGCCCCGACCGAGUCGCCUCAAGACGUACCCAAACCCGCGCCCAAGCCAUCUGAAAAUGGUUCCGAGCCUAUACCAGAACUUGCAUCGAAGCCUGCCCCUGUGCCCCAAGACUUGAACCGGAACUCACCUGAACAACAACCGGUGCAAGCACCCGAACCGUCACCGGAGCAGUUGCCUCAUGAAGAUCCCACUGAUGUGCCGACGACCGAGCCAGAAAAUCAAAUGAACGGGGUGCCAUACUCUAACCAUGUUGAACCGAAAUCGCCUCCGGCCCAACAAACAGUAUCCCAGCCUAUUGACAACUCGUCGCCUGCCGAUUCCACAAGAAGUAAACGCAAACGAGGAACCAGGGCGGACCAACAUUCACCGCAGAGCGCAAGUCCAGUGGCUAAGGAAGAUGCCCCGCAAGCGGCGCUACCUCCCCAGUCGGAAGAUUCCAUUGAUAGUCCAGGUGACAAGCGUAAGACACGAGGAGCCUCGGCCGGUGGUCGCUCGAACGCAAGUCCAGAAAUCACCGACCAUAGCGCUCAACCGCCCGCACAACUUUCACCGCCGGAGCAGUCUCUGGAAGCCCCGGCUGAGCAACGGAAGACACGUGGCGCCAACGGCGGCGUGCGUUUGUCGAAGAGUGCAAGCCCUAAAUCUAUCGACAAAAGCAUUCGACCAUCACCACGGGUUUCAACGCCGGAGCAGUCCGUGGACGUCUCUGCAAGAGAAGGGAAACAACAAGGUGCCAACGCAAGAGCACGUUCUUCGAAGAGCGCAAGCCCAAGAUCCGUCGAUGAGAGUGCACAGCAACCGCCUCAAGAUGCAACGCCAGAUCAGCCGCUGGAGGUUUCUACAAGCAAGGGGAAAACACGAGGAGUCCGUGCAGGUGCACGUUCUGCCCAGAGCGGCAGUCCUGACCUCGGCAACGAGACCGCCCAGCAAACCAAACAAGCCUCGCAGACGGAAGAGCCCCGAAAAGCCACCAGAGGCAAGCGCAAAAGACGAGGUUCCAGUGCGAGUGGACGUACUCCGCCGCAAAGCGUUAACACAUUAGGAACGGCCGACAAGGAGGUCGAGCAUCCACCACCGGAAGAAGCUCAAGAUACUCCCGCGGAGACGGUGCCCUCUGAGCCUCAACCAGCGAAACGACAACGAGGCAGGCCCCAAAGGGCUGCCCAGAAAUCCCCGGCACCAGGCGAGGAACCGGCAGAGAAGGCGGUUGGUUCCCCCGGGAACAACUCAGCAAAGGAAUCAUCACCCCCGCGUCGAGAACCCCGAGGCCCCCGUAACCGAAACGUGAGGAAACCCACGCCGGAGCCCGCUGCGGAGGAGGAGGAACCAGCUGCUCAGCCGACGCAGGUGGAAGGUGGUCCCGAGACAAAUGCUACGAAUCAUGACGAAAGUCGCCAGUCACAUCAGAAAUCGAAGGCGGCGGCAGACAAGAAACCGAAGCGCACUGGACGCGGAGAGAAGACAGCUGAACCGGCGAAAAUGUCUGAAGAGAUACCCCGACCGGGUCGCAAGGGCAAGAAAGCACGAAAAGCACAAGAGCAGGAACAGACCCAAGAGCGUGAGUCGGAGCCAGAGCCGGAGCCAGAAGUUGAACCGGAGCGUGCAACAGAGCGCCAGCCAGAAGUUGAACCUGAACCCGAACCAUCGACUCGCAAACGUGGCCAGGGCAAACCGUCACAAUCAAAGAAGGACGGCAAAACACCCCAGCCUGAAGAACGUGCGACCCAGGAUAAUGUCGAAGAAGCAACCACCUCCCGACCCAAGCGAAAGCCGCGCCAACCUCGCGGCGAGACCGUACCAGUUACUGUGCACCGUCUGGCAAACGUCGCAUCUCUCGGAGGGGCGCCUCUUGCCGGCACCUCGUCCGACGAAGAAGAAGACGACGAAAACGACCAAGAAACCGCGGAAGAGCUCUCCACCCGACUAAAGGCCAAACUCCCCAACAGAGGUGGCGUCAACGUCGCAGACGUCCUCAGCCAAAUAUGUCGCGAAACGCUCGAAAAGACGCUCACGACGCUGAACAACGGCAUCGACAACGAGGGCAUUGCCGCGCGCCGGUCGGAAUGGGCGCGCAAGAAGAAGGCCGUCGAGGCCUACGGCACCGAACUCGAGGGCCGGCUCUACGAGCUCAGUGAGAUGCUCGACAGCAACUUUGUUCUGGGCGUGCAACUGAGGAAAUCUAAGCGGGAGAUGCUGGAUCAGCGCACUCGACUGUUCCAGCUCCGCAAGGAACGCGAGGCAGUUGCGCUGCGUAUGGAUGCUGUGCGUCAGAAGCAUUCGGAAGAAGAGAAUGCCAGAGCUACUCGUUCAACAAUCAACCACUCCCUCCACAACAUCGAUCUCGCUCUCGAACGAAGCAAAAAACCCCAACCUCAACCCGCCGACUCGACCAUCCCCCAAGAUCCUUCCUCUUCUACUUCCUCCCCAACCAUUGGCCUCGAAUUCCUUCUCCGCAACGUUGCGGAAAACGCGAGCUCCAGGGCCUCUGGAGCUCAGGGUGGUCUGUUAUCACAGAUCCGAGCCUUCAAUGCGCAGUUGGAAUCUACUGCGCGGAGAUUGGAGAGUUAG